AAUCAGUUAUAGAAUAUUUGUAUCUACGUUGAAUCAAGAAUUUGAUCGUUUCCUUUAUGAUGUUUCACAAUUUUUAAAAGUUUAAAUAUUAUAAAGUUGAGUACCGGAGUUUUGCUAAGAUUCGCAAAGGAAACAGCCACGAAGAUGACGCGUAAAACGCCAGAUAUCAAAUAUACUCAGUUAUUCAUUAACAAUGAAUUUGUGGAUGCAGUAAGUGGAAAGAAGUUUCCUACUAUAAAUCCAGCUACUGGUACUGUUAUUACACAAAUUUCUGAGGGUGACAAGGCUGAUGUAGACAAAGCAGUUGCAGCUGCUAAACAAGCAUUUAGCAGAAAAUCAAAAUGGCGAAACAUGGAUGCAUCUGCUCGUGGUAACCUUAUGAAUAAAUUUGCAGAUCUCGUUGCAAGGGAUUUGGAAUAUAUUGCUGCUCUUGAAACCCUAGACAAUGGAAAGUCGUAUGAAAAUGCAGUGUUUGAUAUAGAAUCAAGUAUAAGCACAUUUCGUUAUUAUGCUGGCUGGUGUGAUAAAAUUUUUGGAGAUACUAUUCCAGCAGAUGGGAAUCUUCUAUCAUUUACACGUAAGGAACCAAUUGGAGUAGUGGGUCAAAUUAUUCCUUGGAAUUAUCCUUUUGCUAUGCUAGCAUGGAAAUGGGCCCCAGCACUAGCUGCUGGAUGUACUAUUGUUCUGAAACCAGCAGAACAGACUCCAUUGAGUGCACUUUAUGCUGCAGCACUCGCGAAAGAAGCUGGAUUUCCUCCUGGAGUUGUAAAUGUUAUUCCAGGAUAUGGCCCAACAGCUGGUGCAGCUGUUGCUGAACAUCCAGAUAUUCGUAAAGUUGCAUUUACUGGAUCUACUGAGGUUGGUCGUUUAAUAAUGCAAGCUGCUGGCAAGAGUAAUCUUAAGCGUAUUAGCCUUGAGUUGGGUGGCAAGAGUCCUCUAGUUGUUUUUGAUGAUGUUGAUGUUAAGGAAGCAGCUGAAAUUGCUCACAACGCAAUAUUUGCAAAUCACGGACAAAACUGUUGUGCUGGUUCACGUACUUUUGUACACGCUAAAAUAUACGAUCAGUUUGUUAAUUAUGCUAAACAGCUGGCACUAAAAAUAAAAGUUGGCGAUCCUUUUGAUCCUCAGACUCAACAAGGUCCACAAGUCAAUCAAGAAAUGUUUGAUAAGGUGUUAGGAUUGAUUAAGUCAGGAAAAGAAGAAGGAGCAGUGUUAGAAGCUGGUGGAGAACGGGAAGGCAGUGUUGGUUAUUUCGUUAAGCCUACUGUUUUCUCAAAUGUUACUGAUAAUAUGAGAAUUGCUAAAGAAGAAAUAUUUGGACCUGUUCAAUCAAUUUUGAAAUUUGAAACAAUGGAUGAAGUCAUUGAACGUGCAAACAAUACAACUUAUGGUCUUGCUGCUGGUGUCCUUACUAAAGAUAUCGAUAAAGCUUUGGUGUUUGCACAAACCGUGGAAGCAGGAAGUGUCUGGGUGAACUGUUACGAUGCACUCACACCUCAAACUCCGUUCGGUGGAUUUAAACAGUCAGGCAUUGGUCGUGAAUUGGGAGCAGAAGGAAUAAAGGAAUAUGUUGAAACCAAAACGGUAACAAUUAAAGUGCCAACACGUAAUUAAGGACACCUAUAAACAUUUGUUACAUCUUUUCUUACAUGAAAUUCGCGUGAAUCAUAUUUUAAUAAAUUGCAUUUCAUAUAA